CAGCACUGCUCUCCAAGCUUGUUGCUGGAGAGCUACGGUCCUGUAAGUUUUUACUCCAUCCCCAUUUGUACCUAACCUGAACCAAUAGGGCGCUAGCUCUCCAGGAACAAGCUUAGAGAGCCUUGCUUCUAGUCCACACUAUUUUGUCACAUCAGUAAUGACUUGAGUCACAUCUUUGAGACAUUUUAACAAAUACAUUUUGUAGCUUCUAUACUAGCACAGUAUUGCCUAGUUAAUGAAAUCACAAACUUGACAUGUCAAUUUUACAUACACUUGUUUGGUUUGGUGAGUUGUAGUAUAGUAGAUAUGAGCUGUAUAUUACUAUGUAAAUGAUUAGGACUGGGACAUUGUGAUUAUACGUCAGGCCUGCUGCUUGGCCAUCCACAGUAUGUAGCCAUGGAAACUACAAGACUCAAUAUGCCACGUAGCCUCUAGUGGGCUUUCUCAAGCUAUGCUGCUAGUUAGUUUUUAGUUGUCUUUUUCCUUGAUAAAAUACUGGUGAUGGCUAAUUAACUAGCUAGUUUAUGAGUUUGGACAUCAGUGCGUCGUAUUCGCUCUAGAUUGCCUGUACUGUGUAGCGUAAUGCACCCCACAGCCAGCCCGAAGUUGAUAACACUACAAGUCGCGGCUUCUCUCAGCACCGCCAGGGACUUGACGCUGGGCAGCUCGGGUUACACUGGUAUACAGUUAGGCCAAGGCAGCUAUGGACCGCUCUCCGGUAGUCAUUGUCCGGGGUUACAAAUACCAGGAGGAAGGCUGCCCGGAGUCAAGCCGAUACAUGUCCAAACAUCAAGGAGAAAAUUCCCUCAGAACGACUCCAGGGACCGAAAGGAUUCCAACUGGAAUGUAGAGGGGUCUACUUCCUCCUUCCCUGGCAGAGAGGUGUGUCCUUUGUCCCGGCUGGGCUCCUCAGAUAACUACCCAGAGAAAGACAUCUGUGGGAGACACUUCCUGUUUGAUAAGACAUGGAAGAAUGACAACAGGAUGUAUCCCAAGUAUGAUUUCAGAGAUGAGCGUCCCCUGAAGCCUAGCGGCUCCAUCCCUCCCCUGCCCAGAGACUACCAGAUCCACCGGUCGGGUCACCUCCACCACUAUACCCUCCACAAGGAGCUUUCCCAUGCCCCUGCUCGCCCCUGCGCCUUUGGCUCUUAUGAGGCCUAUGACCUGACGUCAGUUCCUGCCAUCCUGCUGCCAGCUGCAGCCUCGCUCAAUGGAAGAAACCCCUCAACAGAAGGCUACAAGAACAGACCAAGAGUAAAUAACAGAACCUGCAGUCUUUUCACAAUAGGAGCUAAUCAGAAAUCCCAGUCGUACCCGGACCCGGUAAGCGGAGCCCCGUCAGCCUCAAUCAUCCAGAGACUGUCUGAGAUCGCUUCUCUGGAGGGAGAAACGGUCAGGCAGGAGAAGAUCAAGAAGAUUAAGAAGACCAGGAGACAGGACUCCUGACACGACCCCGUCUAUCAGCCAAUCAGAGCAGAGGUCACAGUUGAAGGCUGUGACCCCAUACGCAGUGCCAAUGCCGCCUGAACAAAAUAAAACAUUUUUAUGGAAAUAUAAACCUUUUUCUUGUUUAAAAGAAAUCUAACUUUGUAAAAGCUUGUUGGUGCUAUAAUAGCAUUGUGUAAUUCAAUAUUUUUUCUUAUACUACCGUUCAAAAUUUGGUGUCACUUAGACUUGUCCUUGUUUUUGA